UGGCAGACCUCAAGGCUGUUUCGAGUUUCGACGUUCUUUACAUACAUAGUAGUAAGGGUGGAAUCCUAGAAUCAAAACCUAUCCGUCGUCACUUAUCUGUCACCGAGCGGUUUCGUCGGGAAUUCUUUUCUUCUAACUACCGUAAUACAAGUCGUCAAAUAACUAUACCGGCGACCCCCGAUUUUAUUUAUUUAUUUAUUUUAGUUCCAAGGCUCCAUAUUCUAGGCUCUCUACCAUCCAUACCUAUCUUACGUACUAAUCCUUACCUCUAUCUAUGUACCUCUAUAGCUACCUAUUAUUGUCUUAUUAGUUAAACUGUUUGCUCGGCUACCAACUUUUGCAUCAUCGUAGUACGAAAACCCCACGGCAAACAUAAGUCUCAGCAUACCCAAACCGCACGACUGAGGAGGGAUUCGGCGUGCCGGGAACACCUAUUAAUAAGUAGAUGAGUGAUCAGGUUCAUACGCUUUUCGAUUCCAAUCGCUCCGGACGAGAGACAUCACCACCACCAUGGCCUCAGUCGCAUCCGCCUCCCCGUCUUCUAAGCACAGCUUUCCCCACAUGGAAUCUGGCGAUGAAUCCGACGGCUCGUGGCAGCGUGUAGAGUCUUACUCGGCCUCUGUUGGUUUUAUGCCCAGUCCCUCUAGCUCCAGUAUGCAAAGCUGGGGGGUCAUUGGGAUGAAUCCCAACCAGAUCCAACAAGCUUCACCCGUUGCCAUGUCCCCUCUCCAACUAGAACAACUAGAACACGACCAUUCCCGUGCGGUGCCUUCUAGUUCCUUCCCCGAUCAUGCGACGGAUGUUUCUGUAAUGGCGACCGCCGGCAUGCAAAGCCAAUUGCUGUCCAACUUUGGUGACCAGCAGCAGUUCAUGGCCGGUGAGCAGGACUUGAUGUUUAACGAACCAUUUACGAAUAUAGAUAUGGCCCAAUAUUACUCUACAUUCCCGGGUAACAUGACUGCCAACAUGGCCGGGAUAGGUGGUUUCGAGAUGCCGACUCAGACGGCUGAGCUCAACAUCCCGCCUCGGUUCCAGAACGACAAUAACGUUCCUCCGUGGGCGCCUACAAACCUGAAGAAUGAAGGGUUCUCGCCGCUGCCAGGUGACGAGGUCAUCAGCAUAACGUCCCAGUCCCCGGAGCAGCGAUCUCCAACGCAUAGCUCCCUCCAGUCGAGCCCGAGAUCUCCGUUCGUCAAGGCGGAGCCCAGUAAGGGCGCAAGCCCUAUACGCAAAGUCAGGAGUGGCUACAAGGUCGAGAAGAGGAAGGCGGAGGCGUCGAGCAAAUUUGUUAUCAUGACGCCGAACCUCAUCCACCAACAGUCGGGGAAGCCGAACCCUUUCGAAUGCUUCGAGGCUAUGCGAACUACUCAGCGAGGUAGGAAGGGACCGUUAGCGCAUGAGACCAAGGAGAGCGCCCUGCAGGUUCGGAGAUUGGGGGCUUGUUUCUGCUGUCACAGCCGCAAAGUGAAGUGCGACAAAGAGCGGCCAUGUAAGAACUGCAAGAAGCUCACAGCACAAGUUCCACAAAUAAUGUGCUGGCAGUUCGGGGACUUUCUCCCCGUGCUAUUCCCAGAGUUCAUGCGAACGCACUUCAAAAAGGACCAGAUAGCAAGCUUCAUCAGCGAGAACGUUGAAAGCUUCAAGCCCAACAACGCCGAAGUCACAUGUUCCGUCGAGCUCUUUUCCGGCUCCAAAUUUGGUUCUACGCUCACCAUUCCCGCCAGCUUCUUCACCCCUAAAUCCGCCGAGAUCCUUCAACAUUGGCACGUGAACAUGGGUGUCAACCAGAUGGAUCUACAAUCGAGGGGUGCCGCCCCGAUCGGUAUCGACCCGGAUAACUCGACGCAGAGGGAGGAGCUGAAGAGACGGGCUCGCGAGUACAUCCAGAACCUCACAUCCGAGCCCAUGUACGCUCAGCAGGUAACGGACGCCAUCCGGACAACCCAAGUACCGCGGAAGGUCUUGUCGAUUGUGCAGCGCUUCGCGCAACGUUCCGAGUCUUCGCAGGUGGCGAUGGUGAAACGCGCACUGAGCAUCUACGUCACGCACUACGUGCUCACACGGCAGCUCUGCCUCACCGAGGCCACGAUCGUCAGCCUGCGAGACACGAACAUGGUGCCGCGAGGCAACCCGUGGCUGACGUCGCGGGUGCUGAACCGGCAGGUGAAGGCGGUCCUCGACGAGAUGCUGCUAAAGGAGAUGCAGGCGCUCUUCGACGGGUUUUCCAAGUCGCUGAAGCCGAAGCUCCGGCGCGAGUGGGCGCCGUGCCUGGCCGCGUUUUUAGUCUUGUGCCUGUUCAUGGAGACGGUGGAGACGGCCGCCGACACGUUCGUCAUCUCGCAGAACGAGAUCGCGAUCCGCAACCGCUCCAAGCCCGAGUACCGCCGCGACUUCGCGCUCACCCUGUGUCGUGAUAUUGAUAACCUCCCCUUCAAGCAGUUCGCCUACCAGUUCCACCAGGUCUACCAGACCCAUACCCGGGACACCGGCGCCAAGGCCUUCAACCCCCUCGCCGACGCCAACUUUGCGCAGAUGGACGAGCUAGACGGCCCGGCCGCCGAGAUGGUGGCCUCGCUGAAGGAGUUGCUCCAGGGCGACGGAUGGGCCGAGCUCGACUUCCUCGUCGCGGACCCCAUCCUGCCUAACCACGAGGGGCACCCGUUCCCGCGCGACGUGUCGCUGAACUACACGGGCCGCCUGGUAGCGCGGUUUCUGCUGUCUUUUACGGACGAGAGGUACCUCUUCGACGGCCAAUAUUAAAAGUCAGGGGUUACCUAGCUGCUGUCUUGCCUUGUAUGCUUCUGUGUAUAUAUAUUCGCUGGCGAGUUUGUUGGUUGGUUGUACGAUUUGGAACCGGAGCAACGGGAUGGUUUGGGGAAUCGUGCGGUGCGUGUAGAGGGAUACCCUGGGACGACGACGCUAUGUAUGAGAAAAUAUAGAUUUAUGUGUGUGAGCAAUGAAAUAAUGCGAUGUUAUUAUGAUGUUUCGGCCGUGUCAUUAUUAUUAUCUUUAUUUUAUAGGAGCAUAUUACCUACUCUAGAAUUACA